UCUUUGGUUGGGUAAGGGGCUGGGUUUGUGAUGUCAGGCUGCAGGAAACAGAUAAAACGUUUAGCGCGUUAGUUUGAUCUGAUGUGGAGAUGUGGAGAGCGCAUGCAGCGGGACUCAGCCUGGGAAUAUAAACACACACGGAGCGCAAGAGGAGUCUCCGCACCAUCUCAAGGUGAUCCAAAGAGCCGUUUUCACUCGGAACAGCAUGACAAAAAGACCAAUCUCCUUUCAGUACCUUCACAUUAUUGGAUUUUGAUCCAUAUUUGUGAGGGGGAAAAAAUUAAGCUGACUUUCACAGCUCCCUGAUAUCUGAAACACUCCACUGUUAGAUAAACCUCGACUUUUUAUUUUUAUUUUAACAUUUUGGCUGUUUAUUCGGGCGAAGAAGUGUGACCGCGAGCAUUUGGACGCGACCAAUUGCGCGCCGGUGAAAGGUGGCAACCUCACAUAACCUUUUUCCAGCGUGACAUCUCUUCAAACAACCUUACACUGUGCACACAGCAAGCUAUGUAAGUCUCUGCAAUCAAACGCGACCACAAUGAGGAUACAUUUUUCCGCGCGUAAAUUAACUGAGUGAAUGACAACUAGACCUUUGCGCGGUCAGAGCGCGCUACAGAGACAGGUUUGAGGAGAUCCACUAGACACGAAAUGUUAUUUGUUUGGAGCUAAGUCCUAAAAAGGGGGAGACAAAACUUAAAGUAGACAGUUUGCUGCCAGUUAGACUACUCGUUAUUAGUGACAUCCAGUUGCCGACCAGGCUAUCUACCUUAAUGCACUGACAAUUUCGACUUCCCUUGUUAACAUUUCUUUUCAAACAAUAAAAAAGAUUUUCAUUAACACCUAUUUUAACUUAAACACAGUAUAUGCUAUCGUUGAUAAGAAAAAAAGGCACCCAAAACAAUUAAAGCGAAUUAAAUUUUAGGCUAUCUCCCUUCCCAAGUGCAAUUCAAAACAAUCAAACAGAUGUCCGCGCUAUCUCCUCAAUAAAAUGACGUUUUUUAGACUACUGGCUAUUUUUCUCGCAGUAUUUUACACAUGGCUGCUGAACAGCGCUCAGUCAGAUCAUAUCCAGAAGUAUAAGCGGACACUGGCACAGAGAGCGGACCGAGCGCUGGCUGGAGAGCAGUGCGGCUCUAUCAGCCGCAAGCGGCCGCCGCGCUCCACGGCGCAACACUUCCCCCUUGUGGGUGUAGUCGGAAAGUACGCUCGCCUGAUAGACUUGCACUUAAGGAAAACUAAAACGGCGAGGUCGUGUUCAGGUGAGUGCGGCUCUAGUGACACGAAUGCGAUUGAAUUAACUAACUGGGAUAGUAAUGAGAAGGGAAAAUAUUAUGAACUACAAGAAGAGACUUUCAUAUUGAAGAAAGAAGGCAAACAAUCACAGGAGGACACUGCGCCUGGAUCUACUAAGUCACACAGACCCUUUAAAUCCAUAUCGAAAGGACACCCUUUACAGACAGAACAGGGUGGUGAUUUGAUAGACAGCUUGCCCUUACCAAGUAGGGUUGCACGGAGCCUUCCAGAGUUCAACAAAGAAGAAGAUGCCCCCAAUGAUACGCAGGACACCAAUAUCCACCAUAUCGACUACUCUAAAGAUAGUGAUGAGUACUCUGGAGAGCAAGAAGGGCUGCAGAGCACUACUGGGGAGCUAUGGAGGGCCGAUGUACGAGAUGUGCCUGCAAAGUGGAUGACAGCUGUGUAUUUCAGAGGUCAGGCGGAGCAACUAAAGGUGAACCCUGCAUUUGGCAUAGAACUUCCUCGUUCCCGCUUCACAUUAGAGCUGUGGGUCAAGCCGGAAGGGGGCCAGAAUAAUCCUGCCAUCAUCGCAGGCGUGUUUGACAACUGCUCGUAUCCGUUGAGCGAAAAAGGCUGGUCUGUCGGUAUUCGAGCGGCAGAUCCUACAGGAAGAAAAGAUGGCAGGUUUUUCUUCUCCCUUCGCACGGAUCGUGCGCUCAAAUCCACCACUAUUGUCGGACACCAGCGCUACCAGCCCAACAGCUGGACUCAUGUGGUGGUCAGUUAUGACGGCCACAAGAUGGCGCUGUACGUAGACAACUCCAAGGUCAGCGAGAGCAGCGAACAGUCAGGUGACCUGUACAGCCCCUACAUCAAGGCCUGUCGGUUGUUUCUGCUCGGCGGGGACCAGUCUGAUCAUGAGCACAGUUUUCGCGGGCAUUUGGGAGGUGUCACGCUAUGGGGUUAUGCGCGCACUCACCAAGCACUUAAAGGUCACCAACCCCAUGCAGAGAGACAAUCUCCCCUCCUGUCCCAGUGGGCAGAUUUCUCAGAGGUCGAGAAUCAGUGGGCGCCCUACAAAGACCGUCACAACCCGGUCAUUGUGGCUCUUCCCAUCCCAGAAAGACAGCUUGUGUCUCCAUUUCUGGUGCCUCCAUGCGGCGUGACUGUGUGUGACAACGCCGACGUCGCCCUCAGUUAUAACCAGCGUUGGCAGCUGCGCGCCGAGAAGCGCCUACGUUACCGCAUCGUGAAUAUCUGUAAGGAUGACGGCACUGACCCAACAGUCUCUCUGCAGCAGAUCCAGCUCCAACACCAAGCCUUGGAAGACGCCUUCCGUCCUUAUAAUAUCACACUGGAACUCAGCAUUUACAGCGUCUACAACUCUUCUCUCCAACGGCGCUUCGUCCUCAGCAACUGCCACAUUGCAAAUGUGGGAAACCGCCAAUGUGAUCCCGAGUGCGACCAUCCUCUCACGGGCCACGAUGGGGGUGACUGCUUGCGCAUGGGGCCUUGCUACAACUGGAAGCGGAGAGAUGGAGUCUGCAACCCAGAGUGCAACAGUAUUCACUAUGAUUACGAUGAUGGUGAUUGCUGUGACCCUGAGGUCACAGAUGUCGCAAAGACCUGCUUUGAUCCAGAGUCUCCUCAGAGGGCUUAUCUGAGCAUAAAGGAACUGAAGGAGCUGCUUCAUCUGAGCAGUUCAGACAUGCUCAACGUGUUCUUUGCUAAUAAUUCAGCACGCGAGGAGCUUGCUGGAGUCGCCACCUGGCCAUGGGCAAAAGAAGCCCUUACUCAUCAAGGUGGAAUGAUUCUCAACCCCUCAUACUUUGGCACCAAAGGACACAACAACACCAUGAUCCAUGAGAUGGGUCAUAUUUUGGGACUGUACCAUGUGUUUAAGGGUGUGAGUGAACGCGAGUCAUGUGAUGACCCCUGUCAAGAGACCACCGCAUCCAUGGAGACUGGAGAUCUGUGUGCCGAUACAGCACCAACGCCAAAAUCGAAAGCUUGUCACGACCCUGAUCCAGUCAAUGACACUUGUGGCCUUACCCAGUACAAAGACACACCGUACAACAACUACAUGAGUUACACAGAUGAUGACUGUACAAACCAUUUUACACCCAAUCAAGUAGCUCGGAUGCACUGCUAUAUUGAUUUGGUCUACAAAGCCUGGGUCCAAGGGAGAAAGCCCACCCCUGUUCCUCUUGCACCAGUGGUUAUUGGUCAAAAAUCAGAUUCCAUCUCAAUUCAUUGGCCGUAUCCAAUCAGUGGGCCACUUGCCCACAGGGAGGGUGGCAUAAACUGCCAUCUCUGUGAUGAGAACGGAGCGCUCCAUCAGUACGCCCAUGAGGCCACUUCUCCUCACGCCUGUGAUUCCACUGGAUACUGGACACCAGAGGAAGCAGUGGGGGCACCUGAUGUGUACCAGCCAUGUGAGCCCAGCAUGCAAGCCUGGAGUCCUGAAGUCAACCUGUAUGAGCCCAACAUGACCACGCCGUGCCCCCAGACUGAGGGCUGCGUGCUGGAAUUGCACUUCCUUCAUCCGGUUGUCCCUGGCAGCUUGACCGUCUGGAUCACCUACACCUCAGCCAAUCAAAAAGCAAUUGCUAAUAUUAUGUUCAUAAUGGAGAACGACGAGUCGGUCAACACAGGUCCCCAGCAUGCUUUCUGUGAUAUUCCUUUGACACUCCAUUUACACACUAGUAAGAAGGUCAAGGCCAUUAAAAUCUCCACCUUUGACAAGAAGCUUGAGAUUGAUGCUGUCUUGCUGACAUCGCGACCCCAAAAUCCCCUGUGCUCUGGAUGCCACCUCCUUCUCUACAGAGUGCUCAGAGAGCCACCAAUCAGAGAGGACCGGAGUCCCGUCACCGUCAAACAGCCCACGUACACUGACAGUGAUGUGCAGAGGGAUGUUCAGUACCUGUACAGGAUCCAGGUGGAGUCAGACGGUUUUUUCAGUGAACUUUCCCCAGGCUUGGUUUAUACUCAUGGAGAACAUUUCUGUGGUGAUGGCACACUACAGGGGACUGAGGAUUGUGAUGACGGGAAUCUCUUAGAUGGAGACGGCUGCUCAAAAAAAUGCCAUAUCGAACCAGGUUUCAAGUGUCAUGGUCAGCCGAGCUUGUGCUACGUGUUUGAAGGGGAUGGAGUGUGCGAGGAGUUUGAAAGAGGUUCCAGCAUCCAAGACUGUGGCUUUUUCACUCCCCAGGGGUUCACUGAUCAGUGGGCAUCCACCGCCUCAGGCUCACAUCAGGACCAGAGAUGCCCUGCCUCUAGGGUCACCGGGGAGCCUGUGCUCACUCAGAUGUGCAAGUCGCAGUAUUUUGACAUAAAUGAAGUAGUGGCUCAUGAUGCAUGGAGGCCCUGUACUGCCCAUCUGAACAGCUAUUAUACUCAGGAUCAGUCUGUCUGGCUAAAGGUAGGAUUUGAGCGACCUGGUGUGGCAGCCUCUGUUAUUAUCUACCUCGCCUAUGAUGGUAGUUGGCAUGGGGAAAAUUGCAGGAAAACAGUGACCAUUGAACUGUGUGACACCACUGGAAAAAAUCACAUGCUUGGUUUGUACGAGCUGUCAUGUCAGCGUAACCCCCUAGUGGUGAAUGUGACUCAUAACCUGAAUGUGCCGUUCUACCAGACUUCAUCAGUGCAGCUGAACUUCUCCUCCUCUCAAGUGGCGGUGCUGGCGGUUGCAUUGCGUACAUCUUGUCACUUCAGCGCCUUUGCCCUGACCGGAUGUGUGCGUAGGCUGUGCAGUACCGAGUCAUGCAGCCCUCUGAGCAUCGAACACGCUUCAAUCCGCUGUACUCCAGUGUUAGACUCUAAACACUGCUCUGUUUCUUGUCAUCGUGGCUAUACGCUCACUGUUCUCCAUGGCCAGGGCCUUCCUUCUCAUCAAACGGAAGUGGAGCUGUUUUGUGUGCAUGGAGUUUGGGACCGUGAAGUGGGCUGUCAGCCAGUGGACUGCGGCCCACCCCCUCAGUCACAUGUCUACUUUGCCUCCUUCUUAUGUCCCUGGGGCACCACAUUCGGCAAGCAGUGCAGCUUUUCCUGUAACGCCCCGGCAAUCCUGCAAGGAGAAAGUGACACAUUGGUUUGUCUUGAGGAUGGACUAUGGUCAUACCCAGAGGCUUACUGCAAGAUUGAGUGCCCGGAUCCACCUUCCAUACCCAAUGCCACGCUACUAGUUCCUCAGUGUCGUGGAGGCAGGCAUGAUGUGGGUACUGUCUGCCGCUACAAAUGCAACCCCGGCUAUUACAUCACUGGCACUCUCAACAAAAAGCCAAGAAAGAAGUUUCUGAGGUUGGAGUGUUUAGAGGGUGGGUUGUGGCAAGAGGGCAGCUGUUCACCUGUCACAUGCCCUUCUCUUCCACCGAUGUUUGAGGGCAUGUACACCUGCACCAACAAUUUGGACUUUGAUAGCAUCUGCACCCUACAGUGUCCCGAUCCAACAGAAAGGUCCAGCAUUCGAUGCAUCAAAGAUGGCAGAUGGACUGAGAACUUCACUAUGUGUAAGAAGAUAGAAGGAUCAUGCCAGACUCCUGUUGAUAAUAACCUGGUGGAAUACAUCUGUGAGGAGGGCUUUGACGUGGGUGCAGUCUGUUACCCAACAUGCAUUGUGGCCUUGAGUGACCCUGUGGUGUUAGGCAAUAGAUCCAGUGCUGAUACAGUAGACCAUUGGAUGCUUCCCAUGAAGGUUCAGAGCAUUGUCUGUACUGGCAUGUUGAAGUGGCAUCCGAAUCCAGCACAGAUCCACUGUAUUCAGUCCUGUGAGCCGUUCGGAGGAGAUGGUUGGUGCGACACCAUUAAUAACCGAGCGUACUGCCAAUAUGACGGAGGAGACUGCUGUCCAUCCACUCUCUCAUCUAGAAAGGUCAUUCAAUUCGGGGUGGACUGCGAUCACGAUGAGUGCACCUGCCGUGACCCCGAAGCCGAAGAGAACAAGGGCACAGCCAAGCGAAAGGAGCCAGGACCGCUGUGAAUGAUAGCAAGGCGGAGAGCGCGCAGACAGCUCUCAGACUGGCUUGAAAAGAAAAUGUCAAACAAUAACCUGAAUGUUGUUUCGCGCCACAUGAGAGAGGGGCUGAUCAAAGGCAGUAAUUCAAACCAUAGCAUUGCAUAAAAACAAUCCUCUUCAACACUAAUCUAUCAAAUAAUACCUAAUAUAUUUUCAAAAACUCUAACAUAGGUGUAGAUGUAGAUAUGACCAAUAUUUAGCCCACAAUCAUUUACGUACACCAUCGAGCACACAAAAAUUGUUUCAUGUGUAGCAUACAUAUUUUAUAUAAACAACUUUUGCUUGUUGUGAGCCAUAUUCUUUAAACUAUCUUCACCUAUAUGUUAUUAAUACAGGUAUAUAAACAAGUGCUUGUCUUCAGAAUUCUGGAUUUAUUUUAUACCCUCUACAUUUACAUGCAAAACCUGUGAAAUGCAUGUGUGCUUUGGGAAAAGACAGUUCAUUUAUAGCAAUUGUAAUGGAAAUAUAUGAUACUAUUUUUGUAUGCUCUUCAGUCUGUUAAAGUGUAGUGUCACUGUCAUAUCAAUAAAGUAUAAAUACACACUAUUAAAGACAAGUUUGGUGGGAUUUAAAAA